AGGGAGGUCUUUGCAACAUCUUCAAUUGUAACUUAAUCAAAGAUAUGGCUCGUACAUGUUUCAAGAAAAGAGACCUAAACAUCACUGCCAUAUUAAUGUUACUCAUCACAGCUUUUGGAAUCACUAUGUUCUGUAUUUUCGGGAUCAGUGCCGUGGACUAUUUAUUCACAAGACAGAAGUUCCAGUGGCUUCUGAAGGAGUAUUCCACAUUCUGUGCCGUUAACAUCAUUAUAGGUCUAAUCGGAUGUUUAUCGGGAUGUCGUUCUUCCAAUCAUUUUGCAAGAUGUCGGAUGGCAUGCUACUCAUUUUGUCCUACGUCUCAUCCAUUUGCGAUGCUGCUGUUAGGAGCAUGUCCCAGAAAUCCUGGCACUUGUAUCUUGCGGGAAUGAUGUCUAUACUCGGUACUUUGUCGCCUCCACUCAUCCGUUCCCAGAUCUCCAAGGUCCUGCCCAAAGACGAAGUAGCCAAGAUGUAUUCUCUAGUCAGUUGCGUGGAAGCUGUCAUGCCGAUAUUCGGUCCUAUUCUUUUCAAUUGGGCGUAUUAUUGCACCUUAGCUGUGUUCCCUGGGUUCAUUUAUGUCAUCUCUGGAGGAUUGUUCACGGUGUGUCUUAUUCUUGUAAUAAUUGCCAACAUUCUUUACUACAGGGUGGUGCAAUAUAGUAGUCCAAUCAAUUCCCUCCUCGAAGAUGAUGAUUGUUUUGAAAAUGAUGUUAUAUAAGAAAGUUAGUUAUACAUAGAUGUAUCAUAAUCAAAAUUUACCUAAAGUUUCAUAUGUUUUAGGAACAUAAAACGAGAAAUGUAUCUUUAAUUAUAGUCGUUAAUUAUAGACUAGCUAAUAAUAGUGAAUCAAAUGUGAUAUUAAGUAGUACAAAAAUGCGUUAAUUAGUACUUGCACGAUGACAUACAUAUAUAGAUAAUUAUACUGUAUAUUGGUAACUUAUUUGGUACCCUUUUAUAAUUGUUUAGAAUAAGCAAACUGUGAUAUAAAAUUGGUACAUAACAAAAACCUUAUGUUAAAUGUAGGUAUAAUAUGUUUUAAGUCGAAAAUUAUCAUUUCCAAUUUUACAGGAUUAUUAUGUGAAACUAUUACUGCCAUUUAAUAAACCACUUUAAUAGGAUAGUCUAAUUUGUUU